UCGGUGUUUUAGAGCUUCAGCGGAGAGAAGCCGUUAGAUGUUAGUUGUUAGUUGUUACUAAAUCAUCGGUUCAUUUAGUUGAAAACCGAUGAUUUAGUCGGUUAAUCAGAGAUGGACCGACACCGGAAACAGCUGGAGGUGGUUUUAAAACCGGAAGCGAAGCCGCGAGGAGAAGUUUUACCUUCAGAUGUACGAAAAGUGAUUGUUGGUGAAGAACAGCAGCAGGACUGGAGCUCCAGUCUGGACCAGGAGGACCCAGAGCCCCCACACAUUAAAGAGGAACAGGAGGAACUCUGGACUAGUCAGGAGGGAGAGCAGCUUCAAGGGCUGGAGGAGGCUGAUAUCACCAAGUUCCCAUUCUCUCCUGUCCCUGUGAAGAGUGAAGAAGAUGAUGAAGAGAAACCUCAGUCCUCACAGCUUCAUCAAAGACAAACUGAACAGAUGGAAACAGAAGCUGAUGGAGAGGACUGUGGAGGACCAGAACCAGCCAGGAACUCAGAUCAAGAAAAAAAUACAGAACCAGAUACUGACUACAAGUCUUCAGACUCCUCUGAGACUGAAGUCAGUGAUGGUGGUUGGGAGGAGACCAGAGAACCUCAGUCAGGUUUAAACUCUCAGAAGAAUGAUGACGUCAGUGUUGGUGAUAUUAACUGUAAUUCUGUUGAAAGAUCAUUUAGCUGCUCUGAAUGUGGUCAAAGAUUCGGCCGCAAGCCACAUCUGAGUGCACACAUGAGAAUUCACACGGGAGAGAAACCAUUCAGUUGCUCUUUUGUGGUAAAAGAUUUUCUCAAAAGGGAAACUCAAUUAGUCACAUGAGACUUCACACAGGAGAGAAACCUUUCAGCUGCUCCGUCU